GUCAGAAUGUGAAACGUGAGUCUGGAAGAAAAGUCCAGACUGGAAACAUCACUGCUGCUAAGACCAUUGCUGACAUUAUCCGAACAUGUUUAGGACCAAGAGCUAUGAUGAAGAUGCUUUUGGACCCCAUGGGUGGGAUUGUGAUGACCAAUGAUGGCAAUGCUAUUCUUAGAGAAAUUCAAGUCCAGCAUCCAGCUGCAAAAUCAAUGAUAGAGAUCAGCCGUACUCAAGAUGAAGAAGUUGGAGAUGGAACGACAUCUGUAAUUAUCCUUGCUGGAGAGAUGCUCUCUGUUGCCGAACACUUCCUUGAACAGCAGAUGCAUCCAACUGUGAUCAUUGGGGCUUAUCGUAAGGCUCUGGAUGACAUGAUCGGUAUUCUAAAGAAAAUUGGCACUCCAGUGGACGUGAACAACAAAGAGAUGAUGCUUAAAAUAAUAAAGAGUGCUAUAAAUACCAAGGCAAUAAACCGCUGGUCCGACUUGGCCUGUAGCAUUGCUCUUGAUGCUGUUAAGACUGUGGAGUUUGAAGAAAAUGGCAGAAAGGAAAUUGAUAUUAAAAAAUAUGCAAAAGUAGAAAAGAUUCCAGGUGGUUUUAGCGAAGACUCAUGUGUUUUGCGUGGGAUCAUGGUGAAUAAAGAUGUCACUCAUCCCAGGAUGCGUCGCCUUAUUAAGAAUCCGCGCAUUGUCCUUCUGGAUUGUUCGCUAGAGUACAAGAAAGGAGAGAGCCAGACUGAUAUCGAAAUAACACGGGAGGAAGACUUUGCCCGCAUCCUGCAGAUGGAGGAAGAGUACAUUCAGCAGAUUUGCGAGGAUCUGAUGAGAGUCAAGCCGGAUCUGGUCAUCACAGAAAAAGGAAUUUCUGACUUGGCCCAACACUACCUGAUGAAAGCCAACAUCACCGCCAUCCGCCGAGUGAGGAAGACGGACAACAACAGGAUCGCCAGGGCCUGCGGAGCUCGCAUCGUGAGUCGCACAGAUGAGCUGCGGGAGGAGGAUGUGGGAACUGGAGCCAGGCUCUUUGAAGUUAAAAAAAUAGGAGACGAGUAUUUUGCCUUCAUCACCGAUUGCAAAGACCCCAAAGCUUGCACUAUCAUUCUGCGUGGAGCCAGCAAGGAAAUCCUAGCAGAGGUAGAACGCAACCUUCAGGAUGCCAUGCAGGUGUGUCGCAACGUCCUCAUCGACCCGCAGCUGGUGCCAGGCGGGGGAGCUACCGAAAUGGCCGUUUCCCACGUGCUGACAGAGAAGUCCAAAGGCAUGACGGGCGUGGAGCAGUGGCCCUACCGUGCAGUAGCCCAGGCUCUGGAAGUCAUUCCCCGAACGUUGAUCCAGAACUGUGGCGCUAGUACCAUCCGUGUGCUGACCUCGCUCAGGGCAAAACACACUCAAGAAGGCAGCCAGACGUGGGGAGUGAACGGAGAGACCGGAGCCUUAGUUGAUAUGAAGGACCUGGGGAUCUGGGAGCCUUUAGCUGUCAAACUGCAGACCUACAAAACAGCGGUAGAGACUGCAGUUCUCCUCCUCCGCAUCGAUGACAUUGUUUCGGGCCACAAAAAGAAGGGCGAUGAUCAAAGCCAGCAGCCCGCUGUGCCGGAGGCAGCCCAGGAAUAA